GGCCAUCAAAUAGUGAAGGAGCUGGCAAAGUCAGCCUCUUGAAGAAAGUACCAGCACUAAAGGACGGAGACUUCACUCUAGCAGAAUGCACUGCCAUUCUGCUGUAUCUGAGUCGAAAGUACAACACCCCCGACCACUGGUACCCAUCAGACAUACAAAAACGGGCCCGGGUAGAUGAAUACCUCUCAUGGCAUCACGCUAACAUCCGGGCUAAUGCUCCGAAGACCAUGUGGAUCAAGGUGCUGAUUCCCCUUUUCACAGGGCAGCCGCUGCCCUCUGAGAAGCUCCAGGAGGUUAUGGAGGGACUGUCCACUUCCCUGAAGCAAUUUGAGGAGAGGUUUCUGCAAGACAAGGCUUUUAUCAUCGGGAGCGAGAUUUCUCUGGCGGAUCUUGUGGCCAUUGUGGAGCUGAUGCAACCUGUUGGAGUUGGUUGCGACAUCUUCGAAGACAGACCAAGGCUGAUGGAGUGGCGCAGGCGAGUCGAGGAUGCUGUGGGGAAAGAGCUUUUCUUCCAAGCCCACGAGAUGAUCCUCAAUAUCAAAGAACUGAGCAACAUUCAAAUUGAUCCACAGCUGAAAGAGCAUCUGGCACCUGUGUUGAUGAAGAUGUUAAAAUGAAUUAACCUAUCUUACCAUUUUUCCUACCCUUUAUUUUUUUUUAACUUCUUCUCUGACCUCCAGUUCUACAUGUAACUGGAAAGAGCACUGUAAUUCUAACACAGAAAUUGCAGAGUGUUUCCCCUCCCCACCCCACCAGGCCUUUUCUGUAUCUUUGGGGGUGGAAGCUGGGGAAGGUUUAAGACCGGAAACAUU